CCCGUUCACAAAGUGUCAGUGCUGGACGAGGCCAGGGUGACAAUGAGGGGGACUGUGAUGACUAGACUCCAGUGUCUGAGCCGAUCUGCGGCUAUACUGAGAAGGAGGAGGUGUAUGAGCACCGUGCAGAAUGAUCCCUCUCCACUCACUGUCAGUGUACAAGAAGGGGGCAUAAGGAAAAUAACUAUGAAUAAUCCCCAGAAACGUAAUGCUUUAUCGCUUUCCAUGCUGCAGUCUCUUCAGAAAGAUAUUUCAUAUGAAGUUGAUGAUAUGAAUUUAAGAGUCAUUGUGAUUGCGGCUGAAGGACCUGUCUUCUCUUCUGGCCACAAUCUGAAAGAAUUUACAUCUGCUCAAGGAAGAGCUUAUCACGCAGAAGUAUUUAAUGCCUGUGUCAAGCUUAUGAAAACGAUCCAGACCAUUCCAGUUCCUGUCAUAGCUCAGGUUAACGGACUGGCCACAGCCGCAGGAUGCCAGCUUGUUGCCAGCUGUGAUAUAGCUGUGGCAUCUGACAAAUCCAAGUUUGCUACACCAGGUGUGAAUGUUGGACUUUUCUGCUCUACUCCUGCUGUUGCUUUGGGAAGAGCCGUGCCAACAAAGGUUGCCUUGGAAAUGCUGUUUACAGGCGAACCAAUAUCAGCCCAAGAUGCUUUGCUACAUGGCCUUGUCAGCAAAGUGGUGCCCGAGGAGAACUUGGAAACUGAAACGAUGAGGAUUGCCAGCAAAAUUUUCCAUGCCAGUCGUCCUGUAGUUGCACUGGGAAAAGCUACAUUUUAUAAGCAAAUUUCGCAAAGCUUAGAAGAGGCUUACAAGCUUACUUCACAAGCCAUGCUUGAAAACCUUGAUCUAAAGGAUGGCCAAGAAGGAAUAGAGGCCUUCAGACAAAAAAGGAAGCCAGUGUGGACUAAUUAACUGGAAUAAUCCCCAAUCAAAAUAUUGCCAUAAUUCUUUAAAUAAUAAUACACUGAACUAUAUGACUUAACAAAAAAAUGUUAUGUUUGAUUAUGAGAAGGAAUUCAUAUUGCUGUGGAACAAUGUGCUGGAGAUUAUAAAACACUGUUAAA